UAAAACUUAACGAUAAAUAACAGAUUUUAUUUCCGAUGAAGGAAUGUGAUGUGCCUCCUCCGGGAGCUGCGGGUGAUGUGGGAGACGGUAUUUUUCCGCGGUGUGGGCCCACGGAGCGGCCAUGCUGAGACCGGGGCGGUUGGUGUCGGCAGCGGCGGGAGGCGGCUUCUCGUCUGCGGGAGCGGGCGGUGAGAGUGGCCGUGAAGCGGGAGCCGGAGCCAGAUCCAGGCCGAGUUUUAACAGUAACAGCAGCAGCAGCAGCGUGUGAGUGGCGGCUGCUCUCAGCCCUCGCUUUGUCCAUUUGUUUCGCACUGAGAGCAGCUGCCGGCCCUCGGACUCAGUGAAAAUGUUUGGCUGAAGGCGGAAUCUUCCCUCCACCAACUCUCGGUUUAUCCUCCAAAGAUUCCCCUUUUAUUUCUCAAUCAUAUACGAAGAAAAAAGAAGCCAGAUCAAUGUGUUCACCUUUCCAAGGAUGUUGUUUCUUCGUCACCUGCGGUUGGGAGAAUAGAUCCAACCACUUUCCUUUUAUUUGAAGACGAGGUCUGACAGAUACUCUCUUUUUUAAAAAAAGUUUGGUUGAAAUUACUUAUUGUUGCAUGUGUGUGAAUUGGGACAUACGCUAAGCAAUGAAGAAAUCUGGAACGAAUAUCAGGUGCAAAAAGAAAACUUCCAAACAACAUGUGCGGGAUGAACAAGCUGAGGGAAAUAAAGUUAAACCUGCGUUGGACCAGGGGCGAAGGAAUGAAUCGCAGGCAGAAAGGGCGGAGCAUUCUGGAUCUUCUCCAUUGUUCUUCAGGAAAUUAAGUAAUCCUGACCUCUCCUGUUCAUCAGGAAAACUCUCAAAACUCCAGCACCAAUUUGGUGAUGAAGAUGGCAGACUUCGAAGAGGGAGCUUUGGUGGUGUACUGGGAGGUAAACACUUGCUGCCUCUUUCCAGUAGCAGUGGACCAUUGAUAUGUCAGGUGUCUGGAGAAUCUUCCAACUUGGUACGAAUGAGAAAUCAAAACUUAGGACAGUCAGCUCCUUCCCUCACUGCUGGCAUGAAAGAAUUAAGCUUGCCAAGAAAAGGAAGUUUUUGCCGUACAAGUAACAGGAAGAGCCUGAUUGUGACUUCAAGUACUUCCCCAACACUACCACGGCCACAUUCUCCGCUGCCAGGGCAUACAGGUAGCAGUCCUCUUGACAGUCCAAGAAACUUUUCUCCAAAUGCAGCAGCUCACUUUUCAUUCAUCCCAGCUCGAAGCCAUGGCCACAGAGCUGACAGGACUGAUGGACGCCGAUGGUCCUUGGCCUCCUUACCUUCUUCUGGAUAUGGAACCAAUACACCCAGCUCCACUGUAUCUUCAUCCUGCUCAUCACAGGAAAAACUUCACCAGCUGCCAUAUCAGCCAACAGCCGAUGAACUGCAUUUCCUCAGCAAGCACUUCAGCACAGAGAGCAUCACAGAUGAUGAUGGACGACAGUCUCCUGCCAUGCGUCCUAGGUCGCGCAGCCUCAGCCCUGGACGAUCUCCUUGUUUCUAUGAUAAUGAGAUAGUAAUGAUGAACCAUGUGUAUAAAGAAAGAUUUCCAAAGGCCACGGCUCAAAUGGAAGAGAAUCUCCAGGAAUUCAUUACAUCCAGUGCGCCUGAAAAUGUGCUGCCUCUCGCAGAUGGGGUACUCAGCUUUAUCCACCAUCAAGUUAUUGAACUGGGAAGGGACUGUCUGGCAAAAUCCCGAGAUGGCCUCAUCACCUCCAGAUACUUCUUUGAGCUGCAAGAGAACCUUGAGAAGUUGCUGCAAGAUGCCCAUGAACGGUCAGAGAGUUCAGAGGUAACAUUUGUGACCCAGCUGGUGAAGAAGCUGAUGAUCAUUAUUGCACGGCCAGCACGACUGCUUGAGUGUCUGGAAUUUGAUCCUGAGGAAUUCUAUCAUUUGUUGGAAGCAGCUGAAGGCCAUGCCAAAGAAGGGCAAGGAAUCAAGACUGAUAUUCCUCGUUACAUCAUCAGCCAGCUGGGGCUCACCAGGGAUCCCUUGGAGGAAAUGGCCCAGCUGACAAGUUGUGACAGUGGCAAUCCAGAAGCCCCAGAAACUGAUGAUUCUGUAGAUGGUCAAGGUGCUGCACUUCAAACAAAGAAAACUCCGUGUGAGGAAGACUUUGAAAACCUAAAGCUAAUUAGCAAUGGAGCCUAUGGAGCUGUCUAUCUUGUAAGACAUAAGGAAACACGACAGAGGUUUGCGAUGAAGAAAAUUAAUAAGCAGAAUCUAAUUCUAAGGAACCAAAUCCAACAAGCUUUUGUUGAAAGAGACAUCCUUACAUUUGCCGAAAACCCUUUUGUUGUGAGCAUGUUUUGCUCAUUUGAGACUAAACGACACUUGUGUAUGGUAAUCGAAUAUGUAGAAGGUGGUGACUGUGCAACUUUAUUGAAGAAUAUUGGUGCUUUACCUGUUGAAAUGGCCAGGAUGUAUUUUGCAGAGACUGUGUUGGCUUUGGAAUACCUACACAAUUAUGGCAUUGUUCAUCGAGACCUCAAGCCAGACAAUCUGCUCAUCACUUCAAUGGGUCACAUCAAGCUGACAGAUUUUGGGCUUUCAAAGAUUGGUCUGAUGAGCCUCACCACUAAUCUAUAUGAAGGACAUAUUGAAAAAGAUGCAAGAGAAUUUCUUGACAAGCAGGUAUGUGGAACUCCAGAAUACAUCGCUCCCGAAGUGAUAUUGCGGCAAGGUUAUGGAAAGCCAGUGGAUUGGUGGGCCAUGGGUAUAAUCCUGUAUGAAUUUUUAGUAGGAUGUGUUCCUUUCUUUGGAGAUACUCCAGAGGAACUGUUUGGACAAGUGAUAAGUGAUGAGAUAGCUUGGCCAGAUGGAGAUGAUGCUUUACCACCUGAUGCAGAGGACCUAAUCUCAAAGCUGUUAAGGCAAAAUCCAUUGGAACGACUGGGUACAGGAAGUGUGUAUGAAGUGAAGCAACAUCGGUUUUUUACAGAACUGGACUGGAACAGUCUGCUUCGUCAGAAGGCUGAAUUCAUUCCUCAGCUUGAGUCAGAAGAUGACACCAGUUACUUUGACACUCGAUCUGACAGGUACCACCACUUGGAUUCUGAUGAAGAAGAUGACACAAAUGAGGAUGACCGGGUAGAACUUAAACAGUUUUCAUCCUGUUCACCAAGAUUCAGCAAGGUUUACAGUAGCAUGGAACGGCUUUCCCUGCAUGAAGAAAGGAAAACACCACCCCCAACCAAGCGUAGCUUCAGUGAGGAAAAAGAUGAUCGAAUCGAUAAGUUGGAUGGCCUUAGUAGUCUGAAAACCCGAGAUAGGAACUGGAUACUUGGAUCACCUGAAAUUAUCCGAAAACGUAUGUCAUUGUCAGAAUCAUCCCACACUGAAAGUGACUCUAGUCCUCCACUAACAGUCAGGCGCCGUUGUUCAACAUUAAUAGAGAUGCCACGCUUUGCUAUCUCUGGAGAAGAUGAGGGAAAGAAGCAGCAAGCAACUAGAACAUGGGAAGAUGUGUCCUUAACUAUACCAGAACAGCCUGCAGAGAAAGACCUCACACUGGAAGUGGAUGUUAGUCCUGCCACACCAGCUUCGACAAUCAGUAACAUAAGCAGCUCAACUUUAACUGCUGGCAGCACUACUGACCUAUCUGAUCAGAGGUCUCGCAGCAAUAGCACUGAAGGAUCAGACUCUUCAACUCCAAAAGCAAUCAGUGACCUAGCAGUCCGCAGAGCUCGACACAGGCUAAUGUCUGGAGAAUCAACUGAGAAGCGCGCCUCUAGGCCAGUUAAUAAAGUGAUCAAAUCAGCCUCUGCAACUGCCUUGUCCCUUAUGAUUCCUUCAGACCACCAUACUGGUUCUCCCUUAGCCAGCCCGAUGUCACCACGUUCUUUAUCGUCCAAUCCAUCCUCACGGGAUUCCUCUCCAAGCCGUGAUUUUUAUCCUGCUGUGAGCAAUCUGAAGCCUCCGAUCGUUAUCCACAGAGCUGGAAAAAAAUAUGGCUUUACCCUUCGAGCUAUUAGAGUGUAUAUGGGAGAGAGUGAUGUCUUUACAGUUCACCAUAUGGUCUGGCAUGUCGAGGGAGAUGGACCUGCUCAUGAAGCUGGCCUGCAAGCAGGGGACCUGAUAACUCAUGUGAAUGGGGAGCCUGUUCAUGGCCUGGUUCACACAGAAGUGGUGGAACUCAUAUUAAAGAGCGGAAACAAGGUUUCAAUAUCGACAACUCCUUUUGAGAAUACUUCAAUCAAAAUUGGGCCAGCUCGGAGAUCUAACUACAAGUCAAAGAUGGCAAGGAGGAAUAAGAAGGCUAAAACUAAAGAUGGCCAGGAGAGUAAGAAAAGAAGCUCACUCUUCCGAAAGGUUACAAAACAAGCAACAUUGCUACAUACAAGUCGGAGUUUGUCCUCCCUGAAUCGAUCUCUAUCAUCUGGAGAAAGUGUGCCAGGUUCACCAACCCACAACCUUUCCCCUCGCUCACCAACCCAGAGUUAUAGGUCGACGCCAGAUUCUGUACACUCAGUUGGUGGUAAUUCUUCACAGAGCAGUUCUCCGAGUUCCAGCGUGCCCAAUUCUCCCGCCAGUUCUGGUCACAUCCGUCCGAGCUCCCUCCAAGGAUUAGCUCCCAAACUUCAGCGACAGUAUAGGUCACCUAGACGUAAGUCUGCAGGGAAUAUCCCCCUUUCUCCUCUGGCUCGCACACCAUCACCCACUCCGCAGCCAACAUCUCCUCAGCGCUCCCCAUCUCCACUGCCUUCACAUUCUUUGGGCAGUUCAAAUGCAGCACAAUCAUUUCCAGUUAAAUUACACUCUUCCCCACCACUGGUCCGGCAAAUCUCCAGGCCAAAGAGUGCAGAACCUCCAAGAUCACCUUUACUGAAGAGGGUGCAGUCAGCUGAAAAAUUGGCUGCCACUCUAUCAUCUGAAAAGAAGUUGUCAUCUUCCCGAAAGCACAGCCUGGAUAUUUCACACUCAGAAUUUAAGAAAGAAAUGCUGCAGAGAGACCCCAGUCUGCAGAGUUUACAAGAAUCUGCUAAUGAGACACAAGGCAACAAACGUGGCCCUGCAGAAAAGGGGACACUAAAGCAACCUGCUGCCCGAAAAAUUGGCAGACAAGAAUCAUCAGAAGGGAUGAGUAAGGGCAAAUUGAAUGACAAGCUGGUAGCAAUAAGACAUGACAGAGCAGAAAGAAGAGAAGCUUUACAAAAGCAAGAUGCCAUUCGUGAGGUAGAGAUCUCUGAGGAUGAAAGUGAUGAAGGUUCAGAAGAUAGCCAGGAAGGGAGAAAGUUGCAUCGGUCUUCUGCUCAAACUGAUGUUUCAAAUUUACUUGAAACUUGUUAUAAUUCAUGUAAAGCAGAAAGUAGAGAUUCUUCAGAGGAUGAUCUCAGUUCUAUGUUCUUACCUGAGUCUAAAGAAAUGAGCAGUUCAGCUGCACAGAAAAUAGAACAAUAUCAGUCAGAAGAACUUUCAAUUAACACUGUACCUGGGAAAAAGGCUGUACUAGAGCAUGAUGUCUUGGGCAUAGAAAAGAGUGGCCAGAAUAAAACAGGUUCCAGAGACUUGAAUACUAUUGAAGUAAAAAAGCCUCUAAUGGAUUGUGUUACCACAAAGGUUAAUGAUUCACCCAAAAUGCACUCAAUGCAAAAAGCCGCAGAGGAACCAUCAAACCAAGAACUCAGGAAGUCAGCAUUCAAAAUACAUCAAGACAUUCAAAUGAAUUUAUUGGAAGCUGGUAUUGAUAGCAGUAGCACUCCUCUUAAUCAGAUGGUGCAUAGAAAACCUACAGAGGAUGAACAUCGCAAACUACCAGAAGUAGCUGAUCAACAUCUGCUUUUCACAUCAAUGUCUCCUCAUACCUCAGAGCAUCCCCAGAGAAUUGAAGGUCCUAAAAAGGAUGUCACGCGAACUGUUUGCAAGCCAAAUGAUGAGGUCCAAGGCCAAAUUGUGAAUAAGCAAAAAGAUUCGUUUGGAAUUGGUACAAAGUCUUUUCAUUCAAAUAAUGCCAAGUAUCUUAAACAUUCCACUGCAGGGGAAAUGGAAGGAAGAUUAAGCCAAAGUGAGCAAAUAUUAAAGGAAAGUGAAGGGCCUGACAUCAAAACUCAACCUGCAAUAAAUACAGAAAAUACAGGUGGCACAAAAUGCUCUCCAGCUAGCUUUGUUAAAACACCUUUUGUUUCCCAUUUAGCUACUGUUGCCAAAAAUGUAUUGGGUCCAGUGAAGUUGGCUAUCCCUGGAAUAACAGAAACUGAAAGGAGGAAAGAAGUGGGUUCAUAUGAUUUGGCAGCCAGGAAUGAUAAAGAAGGACCACAUUUAAACACAUUUGAGCCUUCUGCAGUGUCAAGUAUCACAACACCCUCAUCAAAGCCUGAAGAUUCGAAUCUGAAAUUCGAAGAGAAGGGCAUAGUUGGUGGUUCCUUGUUAAAGUCUGAGCCAGUCGUGGAAGCUUUAUGUGAGCAAAAAGCAGUGCAAGAUACUGCAAGAAUUUCAUCACCAAGAGGACAACAACAACUGAAUGUGGAAAAGUGUGGGGAGAGAUCAAUCCGGAAGUUGUCAUGUAAAAAGUAAAGAAUCAGUAGACUGUAAGUCAGAGCAGAACGUGCAGCUAUCACACAAAUUUGCAUGUGAUAAUUACAAAAAAACAUAGUUGAUAAUUCCCGAUUGUAGGGAAAUGGGUUAUCAGCAUUUAACUAUAAAUACCUUUUUUUGGAGGUUACUUAGCUGCAUGUUUGACUUUGUAUCCAUACACUAUUGCAAAAAAAAAAUCAAAUAUGUAUGAAUAGUUUAGCAUUUUCUUAACACUAUAUUCAGUUCUGAGGACGAGUCCUGUUCUGCCAAUAUGCUACUGUUUCAUUUUUCUUUGGAUGUGAGCUGACAUUUCAAACAGGGUAGCUGGCAUUAUUUUUUUCCACUCUAUCGCAAAUACCAAUUUGAUUUUAAGUUGGACCAAGGGUUCUUUGGAAAAUUGCAAAUUGGUGGUAAUUCCUGUGUACACUGUGAUUUUUAUGAGAAAUGCCAUAACGCACAUGAAUGAGUACAUUUAGCUGACAUAUCAUCUCUGUUUUCUACAUUUUCAAAUUUAAGUGACUCCCAACUGCAAAAUGCCUAUAAUGUGCAUUGAUAUCUGUAUACGUGCAACCCAGGUUUGCCAACAGAGCCUUGCUAGAGGCCUAUACGUUAUUAUUUACUAGAUUCUUUGUUGUCAUGGUGUUGCCUGAACUCUUAGCUCUGUAAUGUAACUUGUCACUAUGCAAGGUAAUACAUUCCUGCAGAGUAUUUGACAGUGUACUGUAUUUUGUCCUUCUUUUGUAUUAAUGUAUCAGAGAAAUGUAUCUUAUUUAUUGUAAAUAUAUACACGACAGUCUUGGAUGUCUUUCUGGGUUUGUGCCACGUAGAUACUUUGUUGUCAUGGAGAAAUGUUGUGAAUAUGUAAUGGAAGUACUUUCACAAAAAAUUGAGAAGCAUUUAAAACAAAACCAUUUUAGUACUUAUUUAGCCAAUACGAAAUGUUGCCUAAACUGUUGCAGUAGGGUUUUUUGUGUUGCAUUAUUAUGGCAUGUUGGAUUUAAUGUCAUCCCUUUAAAUAUACAGAACAUUUUUCACAUUUCAAAACACAUGUUGAAUAAUACCCUUUAGACCUAAGACUUUAAUGGCAGUUUGCUUCACUUUUUUUUAAAAGCUCCCAUUACAACAAUAUAACAACUUUGCAAUAGUUUUAUGUAACAAGCUGUUAGCUUUCAGCUGAUGUGAAAGUUUUAAUUUGGUUUCCCCUUCUCUCUUUCCUCUGUUUCUCCCCUCCCAAACAACCUCUGCCCUUAAUCAUGCUACCUUCACGAUGUAUUGCACUAAUAGAACUCUGAGCUUCUGCUAGCCUAACAAUUGUAGAUUGCUUUGUUUCAUUAGCAGUUAUAUUUUGCUAAAUGUGUCAGAUAGUUGAACCAAGUAAGUUAGACAGUUAACGGUUAAUACUGACUGAUUUUAAUUGCUGUGUUUAAAUUUUUUAAAUAAAAAGACAAAAAGGAAAAAAGAGCAGGUUCUAAGGACAUUAUAGUACUGUGGAGCUUAUGCUUUUGUUCGCAGUACAUCUAAUUGAUUUCUUUCUGCUAUAAUGUUUUCACUCAAAGUUAAUGAGGAAGAAUACUUGAAAUAAAGGGGGUGUGUUUACUGCCGUGAAAAGGAGUAUGGCAUUUUUUGUGUUGUCUUUCAUACUUAUCAAGUUAGGGUGAAGAUUUGUUCUUGUUUUCUAAAUGCCUCAAUGCCUCGAGUCCAGUAUUAUGCAACACACUAGUGUUCAUGAUCCAGAUGGCAAUGUUUAAGGAUGUGCACCUGCAAUUAUGACAG